GGUAAAAGUUGAUGGGUAAGCACUAAGCAACUCCCUAAAACGCAACGUUUCAUCCACUCUCUUGGCCCAACUGCGAAGUGGGAACUUGUAGGAUUUUCAGAGAAAAUGAACGAUCUGGAAGAUCAAACCCAGUUAGAUGACGCAAUAGAACAAUCGCCACAAGCUGACAUGGCAGCAGCAUCCGCCGCGAUGGACGGAGUGGCAGCGGCGGCCCUCCGCUCUGUUCUUCAGCGAGUUCAGCAGGCUGCACAACGGGCUGGCCGUGGGUCGCAGCAGAUCCGAGUAGUGGCCGUAAGCAAGACUAAACCGGUGGCUAUCAUCCGCCAAGUAUACGACGCCGGUCACCGGUGUUUUGGCGAAAACUACGUUCAAGAACUCAUCGAGAAAGCUCCUCAGCUACCGGAGGACAUAGAGUGGCAUUUCAUUGGGAAUCUACAGAGCAAUAAAGUGAAGCCUUUACUGUCUGGUGUACCAAAUCUUGCGAUGGUGGAGUCUGUCGAUGAUGAGAAGAUUGCUAAUCAUCUUGAUCGUGUUGUUGGAAAUUUGGGGCGGAAACGUUUGAAGGUCUUAGUCCAAGUGAACACCAGUGGUGAAGAGUCAAAAUAUGGGGUUGAGCCCUCAGGGUGUGUGGAACUUGCCAAACAUGUUAAUCAGAGUUGCCCAAAUCUCGAGUUUUGUGGCCUAAUGACAAUUGGAAUGCUUGAUUAUUCAUCAACCCCAGAAAACUUAAAGACAUUAGCAGACUGCAGAAGUGAGGUUUGCAAGGCCCUUGAUAUACCAGAAGAACAAUGUGAACUCUCUAUGGGAAUGUCUAAUGAUUUUGAGCAAGCUAUUGAGAUGGGGAGUACAAAUGUGAGAGUUGGAUCUACCAUAUUUGGGCCUAGAGAAUAUCCGAAGAAGAAAUGAAACAAAACUGUCGAUGGCAUCUCUCUGCUUUUUUUUUUUUUUUUUUCCUUCAUCUGGAUAGUCCUGCACAUUUUUCGUCAUUCUUUGUUGAAAAGCAGAUUCAGGUUUAUACUAUUGAAUGGCCAUAAGUGCUAGUCGAACUGUGUCACAUAUAGAUUAAAGAUCUAAAUAAUGUACUUUGAAGAUUUACUGCGUAGACGAGACACUGAACUAUAUGCAAUCGGAUAUUACAUUCGAGACUCAA